AGCGAUUGAAGAAGUUUUUGAAGACAGCGUUUCCAUACAUUUGUGCUACUACCAUCUUAGUCAAAGUGUGUGGCGUAAAGUCCAAAAUCUUGGUUUGGCAACAAAAUAUACAAAAGACAAAGAAUUCCGUUGUUCAGUACGAAUGAUCAAUGCAUUGGCCUUCUUACCACUUAAUAUUAUUAAAAAAGGUAUGAGCUUAUUAUAUGACAUUUUUUCAUAUGAUAAUGAUGUGGAUGAUAUUUUAACAUACUUCGAUGUAACAUAUGUUAAUUAAUACCAUAAAAAAAAAAAUACCCUGACGCUGAAAUUCACGGUUGUUUGUAUCAUCUAACAAAAAACUUUCAUAAAAAAAUGAACGAAAUGGGUUUUGCUUCAAGGUAUAAAAAUGAUGCUGAUUUUUCAUUAUUUAUAAAAAUGGUCGUAGCUCUUUCAUUUGUUCCAAUUGAAGACCUAGAUGCCGCUAUACAACAAUUAGGAGAUGAUUUACCAGAAUGCUUACAACCUUUACUUGACUGGUUUGAGGACAAUUAUGUUGGGAGGGUUAAUAGAAACGGACGAGGUCGUCGGACAGCAUUAUUCCCACCACACAUUUGGAAUUUACACCUACGAGUUUUGAAUGGUCAAGAUAGGACUAACAACCAUGCUGAAGCCGCUAAUAGACGACUAAAUGUCGAAAUGGGAGUUCAACAUCCUAGUUUAUGGUCUUUCUACAACUGUUUACGUAAAGUACAAGCUGGGCGAGAUGUAUUUUACAGCCAACUUGAAGCAGGUAAGAGUCCCCCCAAAAAAUUAAAGAAAUUUAUUUAUACGGAUAAACGUAUUUCAAGAAUUGUUCAAAGUUAUGAAACUGGAACUAAAAUAUAAUUUUUACGCGGAAUCGCUCAAACUAUUUCUCUGCAUUAAUAUAAAAUAUGUUAAUCAAUC